AUGGAGAGAGAGGGAAAGAAGAAGAUGGGGAAGCAGAAGCAGAAAAGCGAGUUCGAGUUCUGCAAAGCGUGCAACAUAAACCACGACCAAGGUCUCCGCCACAAGUACUUCCCUAACCACAAGAAAUCCCUUUCUACCUUCCUAUCCCGCUUCCGUAAAAAACUCUCCGAUGUUCGUUUCUUCCUCAACGCCCCUACCCCUCUCGAUCCCCAACUCGCUUCUCGCAAUCGCUUCUGGUGUGUCUUCUGCGACCAAGACGUCCACGAACACUCCAGUUCCUUUGCCUGCGCCAAUGCGAUUCGCCACCUCGCUAGUGUCCAACACAUGAAGAAUUUGAGGCAUUUCUUCUGGAAAUACGGCGCUGCCGCGGAUCAAUUGGACGCGUUUAUGUUUUCCGAUGAUGAUGUGACUAAGUGGGAGAGGAAGUGCGAGGCGCGAAAGGAUGAAGCGAGUGAGGGAAGUCGCAGAACGGUGGUUGGUCCUUCAAGUGAUGAUCAUAUCCAUAAUCAACUCACCAGUGGAAAUAGUGAUAGUUUUGAGAAAAAUGUUUAUUCCCAUUCUGUGAAUUCGUAUCCUUCAAAUCCUGUUUUGCCUUUACAAAGCUAUACAAAUGAGUAUCAGAUAUCUAGUUCAGGACUCUCUGGAAUGGCUAAUGUUGCUACCUCGCCGGAAGCGUACCUUGAUGCAAAACCUCUUGCUUUGCCAGAUCUUUUGGUUGAAAGGAGAAGCCAUUCCCUCCCUCAUGAUGGUAUACAAUGGUCGAGUAAUGGUUACUCCGGUCAUAAACAGGGGCGUGACAAUGGUAGAAUGGUCAGUGGUGAAAGCAUUCAUGAGGGUGUACAAUUGAUCACUCAGAUUUCUUCUGUGCCUACUGAAAGUGCUGAUAAAAAGGUUUAUUCUGAAGCACCUCCACCAUGGAUUCACACAACUGAGGCAGUUCAGAUGCAUUCUAAUUCAAACAAAUUGGGGAAGUCCAAAAUGUUGAAUCCAAAUCGGGUGGGAGCAGCUUGGGUUGAAAAGAGAAAGAUUGAAAUGGAGAAGGAAAAAAGGGGAGAGACAAAAAGGAAUGGGUGUGAUGCCAACUGGCUUCCUAAUUUUGGUAGAGUAUGGCAAUCUGGUAGCAGAAGAGAAUCCAGAAAAGAGUUUGAGAGGGAGAAACAGUUACAGAAGUUAAAUGUUGAAACAGAGUCUGAAAUGGCAAUCAAGAUACAGCCUUACGUAAGCAAAAGAAUGGAGUUGAUCUCUUUCCGAGUUUAUGGCCCAUCUAAGGUGGCUUCAUGGCAAAUAGUACAUGGUGUCAUGACCCUCCUGCCAUGGAUGAAAUGCAAAGCAAAUUGCGGAUGGAUAGUGGGGGUGAUAAUGGAAGCAGAUGAAAUUUCUUGUCGCAAAGAUGCUCGGGGAGUGUAAUCCGUAUGGUAAAUAUGCAUAACAACAUCUAUUGCAUUGGAGGGGAGAAGACUGGAAAAAAUUUACACGGUGAAAUGUGGCACGUUUAUGUGAAUCCUUGGAAAAAAGUACCUCAGUCAUUGUACAGUAUUGAAGCAUAACAAUAGAUUACUGAAAUAUGUACAUGCAUUAAGCUGAAAACGAAGGGUUAGUCUGCAUGAAUGAUUGUGAUGAUUGGGAAAACCCAUUUUACGACAUUUCGAUUUAAAUGCCUUGUGAUAACAAUUCUUGUUAUAGUUGGUCUGCCCAUUUUUGUGCAGUUAUUGGGUGCCUAGGAUCGCCUACCAGCUUGCUUUUGAAGGUAGGGAUGGUUACUAUUGAAUAUUAAUAUUCAGAUCGGCACUGCCUUUAAGCAUGCUCUUUUACAUUGAAUGGAACAAACUUAUCCAAA